AUGCCUUCACUCAACACACUAGAUUUUGAGUUCUGCCAAGUGAAAUUUCAGCGAUUAAUAACUUGUACAUUACCUUGGGAGCACCAUCUCUAUCUCGGUGGCUAUCUUUUGGAGGAGACCCUUGUGGAGAAAAGUGGCAAGAGCCACCAAAAGAAAGACACUUUAUUCAGAAGGAUACGCGGCAUGAAGGUGGGUGGUGGCUUGAGUGAUACUUUGGCUGAUUUUUCAUCUAUCCAAGUGAUGGACUUCAGCGACAAUCAUAUCUCAGGGACAAUUCCGCAGGCUUUGCCUUCUACCAUCCGAAACCUGUCGUUGGGAAACAAUCUUCUGUCGGGAGACAUACCUGAUUAUUUUCAGCAGUUAUCAAGACUGACAAAACUGGACUUAUCGUCUAACAUACUGACCGGGCGUUUGCCUCCUUCCAUGGGAGACUUAGCGGCUCUCAAGAUAUUGUACUUGCAGGACAACAAGCUCAUUGGAAAACUUGAUGUUAUUGAGGAUCUUUUCUUAACCGACUUGAAUGUAGCAAACAACUUAUUCUCUGGACCUAUACCGCCAAAUCUAUUGAAAGUUCCCAAUUUCAAAAAAGAUGGAACUCCGUUCAAUACAUCGAUUAUAACACCGCCUCCUCCUGCGGUUGAUCCUCCUCCGGCUACUCACCGUGCUCCUCCUGUUACACGUGUUCCUCCUGUUUCCGGUGUCCCCCCUGCUCCAUUUGCUCCUUUUGUUCCGCUGCAACAACCACCUCCACCAUCACCACCUCUGGUUUGGUCACCGCCUUCUGAUAAUCAAGGAGGAGACCCCUGGAACUCGGCGUCGGGGCAACCUACCUUGCAGAUAUCACCUCCUUCAGGGUCAGGAUCAGGAAAGUUCUGGUCCACGCAGAGGAUCAUCCUAGUCGUUUCUUCAGUGGCCAUAAUAGUUCUUGUAUCUGGUUUGUGUGUUACACUUUGGAGAUGCUGUAGAAGCAAGAUAUCUAACCGAUAUGGCGCUGAUGCUCGUAAAGACUUUCAACGGCCAUACUUCAAUAAACCACCAUCUCAACCAAUACCCACCAUGGGAAAAGUUUCCCGGGAGCCAAUGGUUAAGCCUUACGAUGGAUAUGGAGCCGGAGACAGGAAAUACGGUUAUCCUAUGCCACAACGUGCUGAAGAAAACCGGAGAGCGAUGCCUCCUACUUCAUAUUACAAUAAAGAUAUUAAUACGCCUCAAAAACCGCUGCAACAACCACCGAGGCAUUUUCAGGCUAACGAUGGUGCUUCAAAGAGAGCGGCUCAUUUUCCUCCGGGCUUGAAUUCUUCGUCUUCAGCUACCGUUUUCACCGUUGCUUCACUUCAGCAAUACACAAAUGGUUUCUCAGAAGAGCAUAUAAUCGGGGAAGGGUCGCUUGGUAAUGUCUAUAGAGCCGUGUUUCCUCAUGGAAAGUAUCUUGCGGUGAAGAAGCUUAGCAAUACCAUCAACAGAACGCAGAGUGACGGAGAUUUCCUCAAUUUAGUCUCCAAUGUUUUGAAACUUAAACGUGGAAAUAUAUUGGAGCUUCUUGGUUACUGUAACGAGUAUGGUCAAAGGCUGCUUGUGUAUGAGUACUGUCCUAAUGGAUCACUUCAAGAUGCACUGCAUCUGGAUCGCAAACUGCACAAGAAGCUCACUUGGAAUGUGCGUAUGAAUGUGGCGUUGGGAGCUUCCAGGGCAUUGCAGUUUCUUCACGAGGUUUGCCAACCGCCGGUUGUACACCAGAAUUUCAAGUCUUCCAAGGUUCUCCUUGAUGGAAAGCUCUCAGUACGUGUUGCAGACAGCGGUUUGGCUUAUAUGUUACCACCACGACCAACGAGUCAGAUGGCGGGUUAUGCCGCUCCUGAGGUUGAGUAUGGAAGCUACACAUGUCAGAGCGAUGUAUAUAGCCUUGGUGUUGUGAUGUUAGAACUGCUCACUGGACGCAGACCAUUUGACAGGACAAGGCCUAGAGGACAUCAGACACUUGCUCAGUGGGCGAUUCCUCGGCUUCAUGACAUCGAUGCAUUGACAAGAAUGGUUGAUCCGUCGUUACACGGAGCAUAUCCGAUGAAAUCGUUGUCACGUUUUGCAGAUAUCAUUUCACGUUCCCUGCAGAUGGAACCAGGGUUUCGACCGCCCAUUUCAGAAAUUGUCCAAGAUCUUCAACAUAUGAUCUAA